AUGAAUCCAAUGCAGAAAUUGAAGACUCGUGUAAUGAAAAAGAAUAUCAAUCCUGAGUGGAAUGAAGAUUUAACCCUUUCUGUGGCAGAUCCUGAGAUUCCAAUCAAGCUUACAGUGUAUGAUAAGGACAAAUUCAGCCUUAGAUAUGACCAAAUGGGAGAUGCAGAUAUUGACAUUAAACCAUUUCUAGAAGCUGUAAAGAUACAUUUGGUGAAUCUCCCAAGUGGUACCAUGAUACAGAGUGUACAACCUAAUAGGCAAAACUGCCUUGCUGAAGAAAGCUGUUUCAUAUGGAAAGAUGGCAAGGUUGUCCAGGAUAUGUAUCUGAGACUGAAAAAUGUGGAAAGUGGUGAAGUGGAACUUCAGCUGCAGUGGAUUGAUAUCCCUGGUUCCAGAGUUUUCAUGAUUUGA